AUGAAGAUCAUCUUCGUAUUGGUUGGUCUCGUACUAGCUGUGGCUGCUUACGAGCCGAUUACCUUAGACUACCAUGAAACUAUUGGUAUUCCUGAAGCUAACCGUAUCAUGUUGGCUGAAAAAGCCUUAGAUUUUGAUGGCGCUAGAAUCGUAGGUGGUCAAAAUUCCAACCUUGGCCAACACCCACACUUGGCAGGUUUAAUAAUUGAUUUGGGGACCAGAAACUCCGUGUGUGGUUCUUCUCUUCUGUCGAACACAAAGUUAGUGACAGCUGCGCACUGUUGGAGGGACAUCCGAAACCAAGCUCUUCGGUUUACAGUUGUUCUCGGCACAAUCAGAUUGUAUACCGGAGGCACCCGUAUUGUUACUACCAGUGUUGAGCUGCACAGUGGCUACAAUCCACAAAAUUUGAACGAUGACCUUGCUAUUAUCACCAUUAGCCACGUCAACUUUAACAAUAAUAUAAACCGCAUCGCCCUGGCUACAGGAAACAAUAAUUACAUUGGUAGUACUGCUACCGCUGCCGGAUUUGGUAGAUACGGUGACGCUUCGGCCAUCACACAGAACCAGCGAUUGAGACACGUUAACCUACAAGUCAUCGAUAAUGACUACUGUACAAGAAUAUACGGGCCAGAUGUAGUUCGUAGCUCUACUCUGUGUACGGCCGGCGGGCGUGUCAAUAUUUGUAACGGAGACUCUGGUGGACCUCUAGCUUUUGGCAGCGGCACCAAUCGUCUAUUGAUUGGUGUUGUGUCCUUCGGAUCGCGCUCUGGCUGCAACCGUGGUCACCCUGGUGGCUUUUCCAGAGUAACGUCAUACGCUUCAUGGAUUAGUGCACGCAUAUAAAACGACUACACAUUGAAUAAUCAAAUAUAUGAAGAAUCAACACUCUCACUACAAAUUGUUAUUCUCAUUAUGUCAUCACUGCGAAAUAAAAAAUGACACUGCGUAGCCAUUAUA